AUUUGGUACUUCGAUUGAGAUGUUUAGUCCAUUCUUUUGUUUGCUAAAAUGCAGUUGUCAGUGGAAAUCAUUUUAAUUUUAGUUUCUCUCAGCUGUGUGAUCACAAUCCCGGUGCCUGACAAUACAGACCUCGCAAGGAUUGUGAAUGGAGAAGCAGUUGAUAUAACAGAAGUUCCAUACCAGGCAGCUCUUAGAAGAAGAGUUCUGUCAGGAUGGGCACACUCUUGUGGUGCAGUCAUAAUUACAAACAGAGGACUUUUAACUGCUGCUCAUUGUGUUGAAGCAUUCGUAUCACAACCAUCACUAUUACGAGUGGUAGUCGGUACUUCGUCCCGUCUUAAUGGUGGAAAGACCUACGAUGUGUCGGCUAUUUACUCGCAUGAAGCCUUUUCAGCUACAACUUUAGAAAAUGACAUUGCAUUAUUAGCCACUUCAAAAGUCAUAGAGUUUAGCGAAUCCGUUGCUCCUGUAUCUUUUGCUUCAGAACACUAUGUUCUGCCUGCUGGUACCGGAGCUGUCGUGUCAGGAUUUGGGACGACGUCGUACGAAGGUUCAUCAUCUGAAGUGCUGAAGGCAGCUCGAGUCAGCAUCGUUUCUCAGAGUGUAUGCGCCCGUGCUUAUCUACGCAUUGCAACUAUCGGGGCAGGAAUGGUGUGUGCCAAUGGCAGUAACCCACCAAAAGACGCAUGUCAAGGUGACUCCGGUGGACCUUUAGUUGUAAGAAAUGUUCUAGUCGGUAUCGUCUCUUGGGGUGAAGGUUGCGCCAAUACUAAUUAUCCUGGAGUAUAUACAAGGGUUUCUGAAUACAGUCCAUGGAUAAGGCAAAAAUUAGAAAUUCUAAGGACUACUGGAUAAUUUUAUGAUCUGAAAAAAAUAUGACAUUAUUAUGUAGGGAUGUAUGAAUUGAAAUGGUCUAUUGUGUUACAAAAUCUUCUUUACGGGCAUAUUUAUAGCUUCAGCAUGAGACGUCUAAUUUUGUGUCCUAAUCCUUUUUCACACAGUAUUUACCAAUUAAACUUAUUAAGAAUCGUAUGGUGCAUUUUAUAUAGCCAUAUGCAAUAGAUAAGUUGUCAUUUCCUUAGUCUAGAAAAUCUAUGAACUUUGUUUUGCUUAUCGAUGGCCUCUCAUCAAUGAUUACUUUCAACCUUUUCUGAGGCGUGCUUGUUGAAAUUUUAAAUUCUAGUUGUUACCAUACUUUAAGAAGAUUUUGUGAACAGUGUACCAAAAUGUUGUAUAAAUUGUAAAUAAAUACUUGACUUGCA